AUGGCUUCAGUGCACCAGACAGCGCAACGCGCUUGGAUGUUACCACUGGCGGCGUCGAACACCACCAGACCACUCGCUGUCGCUGUCGCUACAUAUCCAAUACAGGAGGCGCUGAUCUCGUUCUUGACACCCGACGACCUUGUCACCCUUACCCUGAUCUCUCAGACUCUCCAUGGUCACAUUCGCAUGGACAACGCGAACUCGAAGGCCAAUCUUCUUUCUAAAACUCUUUGUCCCGUACUUGGCGUCUGCGUUCGGACUGUCACUCAUUGCCCCUGCCCAGCAAAGACGUUCGACGCCAUAAUCGGCUGCGCUAGGUUUGGUUUCUCGACAGAGUCACGCCCGUGCGUGGAGUGCGGUGUCAACACUUGCGAUGAAUGCCGUAUACAUGCCCUCUACAACCCUCUCACGGAAGACUGCGGGUUUGAUCAGCGUCGCUGGUGGGCAGGUUUCUACUUUCUCGAACCCACAGUCGUUGCGGUGUAUCCACCCAAGGACUCGGAAUGCAGCGUCUGGAAUCUGCCUAUCGAGGACAUGAAGCCUCUCCACGACCAAGGCCGCUUCCACAUCCCUCUAAACGUCAAUGCUAUAGGCGAUCCUGAGCCGAUACAGCGUAUUGUCGACCUGGACUUGGGCACCCACCGGUCCAUCAAUCCUGUUGGACGCACACAAUAUCCGUAUUCUGGCCAUCAGAUUGUCUCAUUCCUCAACAUGAUAACCAACAAGCGCAAGGAUCUAACUUGCCUUUCCUGUUACCAAGAACGUCGAAAGGAACGCCUAGCUUGCUAUAUUAAAGAAGACACUGCUGGUGAAGAUCUGCGCUGCCACAUCCCGGUAGCAGAUGAGGUCGGAGAAGGCCACAGUCAUGUAUGUCACUGUGGAGCGGAGUUCACACCCGAAGUCGCAGCAAAGGUUAUGUGCAACUGGUGCAAAGGAGAGAUUGAGGGGCCUCAGCAAGGCGACGAGAACAAUGUCAUUGGUGGAAACAGCGAAGGCAUCGACGAAGAUGAAGAACAAGAGGAGGAAUUCCAUGAGGAAGACCAUUCGGCUGCAGACUUUGCGAAUCUACCCCAGGACGAAUUUGGCUUCGCCGAGAACCACGACGAAUCUCUGUCGGUAUACGUGAACGGAGAGUGCAUCCGCGGAGAACGUCUUGGUCGAUCCAUAGUUCGCCAAUGGAUGAUGACAAUCCAGGGCAAGCUUGCUGAGUGUGUUUGCUGUGUAUGCAAUAGUCGGAACUCUCAUCAUACUCACGCGGGGGAUGGGGAAGAAGACAGGAAUGAUGAGGAAGACGACGAUAGCAGUGAUGACCAAGAUUUACCCGACCUGGAGGAAGUCGGGUCAGCGGCUGGCUUCGAAGAUCAGUGGGGACUAGACUGA